AUGGACUCACUCAGUCUCGUUCGACCUCUAGCCAGUGCUAUCUACGGCCGCGUGCUGCUGGUUCGCCAUCGUAGCUCCGGUCGGUACUACGCGCUCAAAGUCAUGAGCCUGCCGCACAUGCGUGCGCAUCGUGCUGUGACCGGUCCGUACGUCCAAGAAGACGGAGAAACGGAGCUGCAGAUCUUACGCACGCUCGGAAGCAACUUUGUGUACUCGAGUAACGAGGAGUCUACAGAGGAACGCAACGAGAGCGACGUGUCCAGCUGGAGUGUGAGUCCUGUAUGGAACAACGGCGUGGAUGACAAAACCGUGAUGGCAGCGUCGCAAUUAGGCAGUCGGCACUUGCUGACUCUUCAUCACGACUUUGUGGACUGCACCACAAACACACGGUGUCUGCUGUUUGACUACUGUCCGUAUGGAGAUUUAUUCGCUCAUGUCGGCAGCCCCAAUGAUGUGUCGCUGGAUGUGGCGCGGUCAUGGUUCGGUCAGAUCGCGAGUGCCGUUCGAUUCCUGCACGCACGGAACGUGGCGCAUCGAGAUUUGUCUUUGGAAAAUGUGCUUUUGGACAGCUCCCGGCGCUGUCGACUGGCAGAUUUUGGACUAGCAAGUGCUACUGGGUCGUGCUGCUUUGGUACCCGCGUGGGUAAAGUUUUGUACAUGGCUCCAGAAGUUUUCUCGCGUCCGCCUUGUCGACCGGAUGCCAGUGCGAUCCCAACGACCGAAGGCUGCUACAAUGGACUACAAGCGGAUAUAUGGUCUCUUGGAGUGAUAUUAUUUAUUCUGGUGACGAAAAUCCCUCCGUUCGAGAAAGCCAGCGGCGCAGACGCUCGGUUUCGUCUAUUAUCGACGCCUGGUGGAUCCGUUCGUGACCUCUUCCGGGUCUGGGGGCAGGAGAGUCGACUGCCUUGUGAGCUGCGAGCGCUGUUGGACUGGAUGCUUCGUGUUGAUCCGCUCCAAAGACCCACAGCGGACCAGGUCUGCGACCACGAAUGGCUCGUUGACAAGAACCCGACCAAAGUAGCCGAAGAAAUGCCGACUAAAGCUGGCGAGAAGCGACCCAGUGAGGCUGAGCCGGAAGAAGAGGAGGAUGGAGAGAACUUAGAACCGCUGAAGAUGUCGAAUCGAAGAGACGAGUCCUGGACCUGCGGUAGCCCACGGAGCAACAAGAGAGUGAAACGGAUGGAGUAG